AUGUGUGCAAUUGAACGCCAAAAAGACUAUCCAGAGACUAUCUUCGACUUCCUUCGGGAACAGGAGCCGUCUGACUGGAACAUCGUUCCUGACUGGAACAUCGUUCCUGACGACGAUACACUCGACUUUUCAUUUCAACCUCCUACUUAUGGCGACUAUCACUGGUCUCUUGAUGAGCCCAGUUCAGACUUCUUUGACACACAGAUCGCAUAUUCCAGAAGCAGCACCGAAGCCACAGACAUCUCAGAGAUCGCAGAAGUCGCAGAAGUCGCAGACAUCUCAGAGAUCGCAGAAGCCACAGAAGUCACAGAAGUCGCAGAAGUCGCAGACAUCUCAGAGAUCGCAGACAUCUCAGAGAUCGCAGAAGUCGCAGAAGUCGCAGAAGUCGCAGAAGUCGCAGAAGCCGCAGAAGCCACAGAAGUCACAGAAGUCACAGAAGCCACAGAAGUCACAGAAGUCACAGAAGUCGCAGAAGCCACAGAAGUCACAGAAGUCACAGAAGUCGCAGAAGCCACAGAAGUCACAGAGAUCGUGGAAGCCGCAGAUUUCGCAUGCUCCAGCGACCGGGAGCAAUCUAGGAAAAGCAUAAAACGACGUAGCGAAUCGUGUUCAGCCCCCAGGAAGCGCCGAAAUACUGGCACUAGGUUCUACCAUGGCCGAGACUCAUGGGUGAGAGUACAGAAAGUCAGAGUUUGGAAACGUGCCCAUGGUACUCUGGAGUACACAUGGGAUCGUCGCGAGAAGACUUGGUUCACGGCCGACGGAGCAGAGGCGUGCUCCGAGGAUCUACUUCAGGAACAUCUCCCAUCUUUGGUCAUACAGGCUGAUGGCAUGGGCAUCUUCCUUGACCUUUCUUGGGACCGGAGAUCUUGGGAAGCUGACGGAGAGGGGUGGUUCACUGUGACAGAUCCGAUCACGGAAGAAGUGGCUCACAUACCUACUGAGAAGGUGAUUUCGUUGAUCGAGGACCCUGGCAGUUCUGUGGCGGUGGAUUGGGAGAGGAUCUAG